UUUUAUUAUUAAAAUAAACAAAUAAACAUAUUAUUGGCUUAUUGCCUUUUCUUUUUAAAAGCAAAGGCAAUAAUAAUAAUAAUAUUUAUAAACAGUGCUUCUUCUCUAUAUAGUCUAUUGUGUUCAAUUCAUAAUAUUUGUUUUUUUAGGGGAAAUUCAUAAUAUUGGUUUUUUUUAUAGGGGAAUUUCAUAAUAUUGGCCAGUUUGUUUGCAGUAAAUAUUCUAAAAUGAAGAUUGACCGAGGAGGAAAUGCGCACGUAGUAAUGUUUCUAUCAUCUUUAUUUGUUUUUGGAGGAAUUGUGGUAGAUGCAAUAUCAUACGAUCAUACUGCUAUUAUUCGUUGCUUGGCAAAUCCUCCUAAGCCUCAGUAUAAGGGGGGAAUAGUUGUGAACCCAGAAAUGAAUGAUGGUUUAAGAGGGUGGACAGUUUAUGGAGGGGUAAAAAUUGAGCAUAGAGUGUCACCAAAAGGAAACAACUUCAUCGUGGCUCAUAGUAGGACAAACCCUUAUGGCAGUGUAUCCCAGAAGGUCUCCUUAGACAAGGAUAAACUUUACACAUUUUCCGCUUGGAUACAAGUAAGUGGGAGAAAAAGUACAGUACAAGCAAUUUUCAAGAGUAAUGAUGGAUACAAGCCAGCUGGUUCAGUUGAGGCCCAAGUAGGAUGUUGGUCCAUGCUUAAGGGUGGCAUCACUGUUGGGUCUUCAGGCCCAGCUGAAUUUUAUUUUCAGACCAAUGAUACGUCGGUUGAUAUAUGGGUUGAUAGCGUUUCACUACAACCAUUCACCCAAGAAGAAUGGAGAUCUCAUCAAGAUCAAAACACCGAGAAGGUUAGAAAGUCUAUGGUUAAACUCCAAGUUGUAAACUCAAAAGGGAAGCCGAUUCCUCAUGCAAACAUCUCAAUUACCCUAAAGAAUGCAAACUUUCCUUUUGGUGCUUCAAUCAACCAAAACAUAGUGAAUAAUGUAGCAUACCAAAACUGGUUUACCUCAAGGUUCACAGUCACUACAUUUGAGAAUGAGAUGAAGUGGUAUAGUACGGAAACUAGUCAAGGCAAAGAGGACUACUCUAAAGCCGAUUCCAUGCUUGAUUUUGCAACCAAACAUGGGAUAUUAGUUCGUGGUCACAACAUCUUUUGGGAAGACCCAAAGUACCAAAUGGGAUGGGUCAAUAAUUUAUCCCCAAAUGACCUCCAAGUAGCCACUGAUAGGAGACUCAACUCAGUAGUUUCGAGGUAUGCAGGAAAGGUGAUAGCAUGGGAUGUUAACAAUGAGAACUUACAUUUUAAUUACUUUGAAAGCAAGCUUGGUGCAAAUAUUACUGAUAUCUUCUUCCAAAAAACGGGUCAACUUGAUAAACACGCAACAUUGUUUAUGAAUGACUAUAACACAAUAGAGGAACAAGGGGAUGCUGACUCUUCUCCUUCAAGAUAUCUCCAAAAGCUUAAAGAGUUAUAUAGUUACCUUGGUGGUGCGGUUAAACUUGGAAUUGGGCUUGAGAGUCAUUUUACUGUCCCAAAUAUUCCAUAUGUGAGAUCAACUCUUGACAUUCUUGCUGCUUCUAGAUUACCUAUUUGGAUUACUGAGCUUGAUGUUAAAAGGGGAGAUAAUCAGAUAUUGUACUUUGAACAAAUACUUAGGGAAGUACAUUCCCACCCGGGAGUACAAGGCAUUGUUAUGUGGGGACCAUGGUCACCCCAAGGCGAACAAUGUUACAAUUUGUGUCUGGUAGAUCCAAACUUUAAAAACUUACCGGCAGGGGAUGUUGUAGACAAGGUGUUGAAAGAAUGGGGACGCCACAACAAAGAGGUGGUUGCAACCACUGAUGCCGAGGGUUUCGUCAACCUUUCACUCUUACAUGGUGAUUUUGGGGUUACAUUACAACACCAGAAAAAUUCCCAAAGUUUUAAGGUGGAUGCUCGAUAUUCAGGCCAAACAAUAAAGAUUAUUGCUUAAACUCCACUAUAAGAACUAGAUCAUCUAGAUUAUUGCUUAUGAUUCUUUUCAAAGAUCAUUUCGAAUAAUAGUAACUAUUGUUGCUAAUGGGAUUUGUACUUUGGAAGCCUAGGGAGUAAUAGAGUUGUUAUUUAUUAUUCAUAACAUUUAAGCUUAUUUUGUAUAUUUAAAAUGGUACUAUGUAAUCUUUGAUUCAUAUUUAUAAAUAUACAAAAUUUCAUUAGACCAA